AUGUCCGGGGGGAAAUUGUCCGGAUACCAAAUAUUUGAUGCAUUAUACGAAAUAAGUCAGGAUAUAUCUUUUGAUCAAAUUACCCGAUUAGAAGCUGAAUCUUUAGCUAAAAAAAUAAAAAAUUUUAACUUUGUGUGUUGCGUUGUAAUUUGGCAUUCAAUUUUAAAUCAAAUAAAUCUAGCAAGUAAAGUGUUACAGAAAGUAACAUUAGAUAUAUCUGGCGCAGAAAAUAUUUUAUCUGAAACAAUUAAUUUUUUGAAAAAAAUUCGAUGUGAUGAGAGUUUUGAUAAAUUCUUAAGAGAUGCUGAAACCAUAGCUCUUGAAUUGGAUAUUGAGGCUUCUUUUAGGCAACAAACUUCUAUACGCCCACGAAAAAAGAAAACUGUGUUCUUUUCUUAUGAACAACCAGAUGAACCCAUAAUUAAUUUAAAAACUAAAUUUAAAGUUGAAUUAUACUUUUAUAUAUUAGACGUAGCUCUCAAUUCUCUCGAAGAAAGAUUUGAACAAUUACAUAACCACUGCGAUAACUUUAAAUUUUUGUAUGAUAUAAGUAGUCUAAAAAGUAUAACGAAAGAUAACAUUGUGAAAAAUUGUAUGGAUCUUCAAUUGCUACUAUCAGAAAAUGAAAAUGUUAGUAAUUCAGAUAUUGAUGCUAUAGAAAUGACAGAUGAGUUAGUAGCAAUAUCUGAGUUAUUAAAACCCAACAGUACUCCAUUAGAAGUGUUACAGUUUAUUGUAAACAAUAACAAUUUUGUACCAAAUGUAGCUGUAGCACUUCGAAUUAUUUUAACUAUGCCCGUGUCGGUCGCAUCUGGUGAACGGAGCUUUUCAAAAUUAAAAAUAAUUAAAAACUAUUUGAGGUCUUCUAUGAAUCAAGAAAGGUUAAGUGAUCUUGCUACAAUUUCUAUUGAAAAAGAAGUAAUGGAAAAUCUGGAGUUCAAAAAUUUACUGAUUGAUUUUGCCCAAGAAAAGGCUCGCAAAAUUAAUUUUAUUUAA